CUAUAACAGCACAUCCGUGAAACGAGUUAGUUCCAGAGAAUGUGCAGUUAUUGGAAAAUAAUCAACUCCAGAAUGACGGUAGCAGUAACUCGGCUUCAUCACACCACCCUGACGUUGAUUCAGACCCUAAAAUCUGCUGUCUAAAUGUACCUUCUGUUUCAGUCCUGUUACAGAGUUCAAGCCUCAUCACUUGCUGCAUCAUCCAUCCAUCCAUCCAUCCAUUUUCUUUACCGCUUAUCCUUCAGGGUCACAGGGAACCUGGAGACAAUCCCAGGGAGCAUCGGGAACAGGACGGGGUACACUCUGGACAGGGUGCCAAUCCAUCACAGGGCACAAUCACGCACACAUUCACACACUCAUUCGUACACUACGGACACUUUGGACAUGCCAAUCAGCCUACCAUGCAUGUCUUUGGACUGGGGGAGGAAACCGGAGUACCCGGAGGAAACCCCCACAGCACGGGGAGAACAUGCAAACUCCGUACACACAGCGCAGUGGCGGGAAUCGCACCCCCGACCCUGGCGGAGUGAGGUGAUCGUACUAAUCACUGUGAUGUAACACACACACGCCCACACUUAACCUUAGAAGGACUUUGACCAGUUCACACAGCGGUCAUGAGCUUUGUUGACAUCUGCUCUAGAUUCCUUUUAUCAAACAGACUGGAAGCCAGUCUCACUUUCUUCUCUCUCUCUCUACAUUCUCUGUUUUCCUCUCCUUUUUUUGCGUGAUGGAUCUGUCACCUCUGGGACAGCGUAAUCGCGAGAAAGUAAGCGUGAACGUCCCGGGACCGACUUUGACCUUCCAGAACAUCUCUUAUGUUGUGAGCGACUCCCGGGGGCCGUGUCGCAAGAGAACACCUGAGAGAGAGAUCCUGAAAAAUGUCAGCGGCAUCAUGAAGACAGGACUGAACGCCAUCAUGGGUGCGACAGGAAGCGGCAAAACCUCACUUUUGGACGUGAUCGCUGGAAGGAAGGAUCCUCGGGGCUUACGAUCGGGUCAGGUGUUGGUCGAUAACAAGGUUGUCACUUCUGAACUGCGUCUUAUCUCAGCUUACGUUGUUCAGGACGACAUCCUGAUGGGCACGCUGUCCGUCCGAGAGAACCUCAUGUUCUCCGGACACUUGCGCUUGCCACGCCAUCAAUACUCCACCGCCGAGAAAGAAAAGAAAGUGACGAGCGUUCUCCGCGAGCUGGGCCUGGAGGACUGCGCCGACACGAAGAUUGGUACUGAGUUUCUGAGAGGUGUGUCUGGAGGAGAGAGGAAGCGUUGUAGCAUAGGAAUGGAGCUGAUGACUUCUCCAUCGCUCCUUUUCCUAGACGAGCCGACGACCGGACUCGACUCCAACACGGCUAACAGCAUCGUAGCUCUGCUGCACAGUCUGUCCCGUAGCGGCAAGACCAUCAUUUUCUCCAUCCACCAGCCGCGUUAUUCCAUCUUCAGACUCUUCGACCACCUGACUCUGCUCCACAAAGGAGAGUGUGUCUACGCCGGUCCUGCGAACGAAACCAUUCAGUACUUUAAUGACAUGGGCUAUGAGUGCGAGGCGUUCAACAAUCCUGCAGAUUUCUUCCUGGACAUCAUGAACGGGGAAGUUUCGCCUUCGGUGCCGACGGAUAAAUCCCUGGCGGAGCUUUAUGGCGAUUCUCGGGAUCGUGCUGCUCUCACGGAGGAGCUGAAGCAGCUCACAGUUCUGUCUGAUUGCACAAGCACAGCGAAACAAUCAUCACCAUCUUAUGUAACGCCGUUCCUCUAUCAGUUAAACAUCGUGUCCAGGAGGACGGUGCUGAACUUACUGAGGAAUCCGCAGACCUCCUAUGCACAGAUGGCGCUGAACGUGCUGUUCGGAGUGCUGGUGGGACUCAUUUAUUUUCAGAUGCCUCACACGCUACCUGAAGCCCUGCAGAACAGAACCGGAGCGUUCUUCUUUCUCAUCAUCAACAUGGUGUUUGCAAACCUGUCAGCGGUGGAGCUCUUCAUUAAAGAGAGAGCGCUGUUCGUGCAUGAGAACUCGAGCGGCUAUUACCGAACCUCUGUGUACUUCCUGUCCAAAGUGUUUGUAGAUUUAAUACCAAACCGCAUGAUCCCCAUCUUCGUGUUCUCCGCCAUCUCUUAUUACAUGAUGGGGUUGAAGCCAGCGUUCGUGGCGUUCCUGUGUUUCUUCUUGACCAUGUCUCUGGUGAGUCUGGCGGCGGUCAGUCUGGCGUUCCUGGCCAGUGCCAGCGUGAGCUCCUUCGCCAUGGCCAACAUUUUCAUCGCGAUGCCCUUCGUCUUCAUGAUGGUCAGCAUUUUUGUUGUUGUUGUUGUUGUUGUUGUUUUAUCACUAAGCUUUGAUUUGAAUGUUAAAUGUAUUUAUUAUAAGACUAAGAUACUCCUCUUUCUGUUCCUGAAACCCCAGGUAUUCGGCGGCUUCCUGGUGAAUCUGAACUCCAUGCUGAGCUGGCUGUCCUGGCUCAAGUGGAUCAGCAUCUUCCGCUACGGACUGAACGCUAUAACCAUCAACGAAAUGACAGGACAGGUGUUUUACGAUAACAAUACCAGGUUAACAGGAGAGAUGUACCUGGAGGCUCAGAGAAUCGACUACAGUGCUUGGGGGUUCUGGCAGAAUCACGUGGCUUUGUUGGGCAUGGUGGUGGUGUGUAUGACGCUGGCCUACGUGCAGCUCCUCAGGAUUAAUCGCUGGAAGUGACGGAAUUACGCCACGAGGAAAAGUAGAAAUAAAAGCUGAUCUUUUAUCACUCGUCUACACCAGCAUUCGACAAUCCACUCCAAUUCACACCUCACAUUUAAACCUAUCAAAAAGUUCCCUGUCUUUAUUUGUCAGUUUGGACAUCGGGCAUAAUUUCAACAUUUGACAAAUAGUGAAUCAUUGUGUGCUCUCAUCAUCAUCAUCAUAAUCAUCAUCAUCAUCAUCACCAUAAUCAUCAUCAUCAUCACCAUCAUCAUCAUCAUCACUAUUAUCAUCAUCAUCAC